UCUCUUUCCACAACAAUGAGACGAAGCUUGGCAGUUGUUUUGGCUCUGGUGGCCGGCGUUGCUCACUGUGACGUCAGCACUAGCUACAGUGCCCCAAGCAGCAACUUUGGAGGCGGCGCAGGAGCCGUAGGAGGAGGCUUCGCCACUGGCGGCCAUGGAUCGUUCGGCGGAGGUUCCAGCGGGGGCAUCGGCGGUGGAGCUUUCGGCGGUUCUUCAGCUGGGUCGUUUGGAGGCGCUGGUGGAGCCGGCGGCGGAGUGAGUGCCACCUACAACGCGCCCUCGACUAGCUUUGGAGGUUCUGGUUCCUCCGGCUUCGGCCAUGGUUCCGGAUCCUUUGGUGGAGCCUCAAGUGGCGGUUUCGGAGGAGGAUCCGCUGGUGGAGUUUCCGGUGGAAGCUUUGGAGGUGGAUCAGUUGGAGGAGCCGCUGUGAGUGCCACCUACAACGCACCCAGCAAUAACUUUGGAAGCUCUGGAGGCUUGUCCAGCGGCGCAGGGGCGAUCCCACGGCGCAGGAUCCUUCGGCG